AUGCAAAAUAAUUUUGAAAAUGAAUUACGAGGCAGUGAAAAUGAUGCCCUAGCUGCACAACAACAAAUUCGAAAGUACUUCAAACGCUACGGAGAAUCCAGCCAUCAGGAUGCAACGAAACACCAGCUUAUGUUUGCCUGUUGUAUCCUCAGUGGUAUAGCUAAAUGUGAAUUAAAAUAUCCGCAGAUAUAUUGUGAAAUUAUAACAGAGAUCUUUGGGGAUAAUCUGAAACCGGAAUGCAGUGAUAAAUAUUGGUCGGCAUAUGUGAAUAAUUUACGCUACUUCCAUUAUCAUUUGGUUGCUAAGAAACAUUGUGAGUAUGCCUCUAAAAUCUAUUACUACAUCUGUGAUCUGCCGCCGAGUAAACUACAAACGGAAGAUCUCUGUUUGGCCUUUGUUUCUAUGUAUUGUAAUCAAAUGUUCCUGCAAAAUGGUCACACAGAACUGAAUCACAUUGUGGAAAAUCUUCAGGUUCUGUUUGAACAAAUGUUAGAUAGAAACAAAGAAUUUAAUUUGCAAAUUAAGGAUGUGCUACAAAAGUGCCUGCAGUGUCUGUUUCCAACGGGAUAUACAAAAAUGCAAAAAUUAUUUAGUUCUGUAGCGACGGAAAAGGUUGCUCGCAUGUUUGCCGCUUUGUUUCGGCUGCAAAGCCAACAACGUCUGCCUCAACCAACAAAAGAGGAAACGCAACAAAAAGCCCACUUUAUAAUUGAAACAUUGAAUAAUUUCAUUGUCUUCGAUACAAUUGAUAAUUUUCAAACACAAUUGUCUGUACUACUCUUGAAAUAUUGCACUGUGGAUAGCAAUUUAAAAUCAGACAAAGUCAUAGCCGAAUUAUUUGGACAACUUUAUGAAUAUUUGAAAAUAAUAUGCAGCACCCAAAGACCCAACGAAGGAUUUGUAGAUGCCAUUACAAAAUGUUGUGAUGGCUUUAAAUCUCGAUUUGAGAUAUAUUCCAAAAAUGCCAUGAAUCAAUUGUGGUUCAAAGACUUAUUGGUCUUCAUAAGUACCUUGCAUACUCAGAUGCAAAAUACAUCGAUAUUCGGUGGUUUUUGGAAACAAAUGAAACAUAUCGAAUCGUAUCAGGCUCUCUUAAUGUUUCUAUUGGAAACAAUGAAAUUGGCACCUUGUAUUGUAGCUGAAACAAAAUUAAAUAAUAUCCGCUGUUGUUCCAGUUUUCGUAAACAUAUCAUUUUAACAUUUGCCAAUGCUGCCUUAUCGACGUUUGUUUUAUAUUGUCAAAAUUGUAAAAAUGAACCCAAAGAGGAGGAUGCUGUCUGUGUGGUGGAUGAUGAUUUGGGGGGAGAGGAUAGUAAUAUGAAGGACACCUAUACGGAAUUGUUACAAAAACCCUUACUGCUAAUUAUCAGUCAUGCCUUUAAAAUAAUUGACAAAAUGGAAUGCAUUGAUGAUAAAUCACAAGAUAUAGCCUUCUUAUUGACACGUUUUAAGCAGGCUGCUGUUAGUGCCUGCACUGCAAAACAGGUGAAAACUUGCAUGAAAUUAGCUGAAUUAUAUUUGAAAAUAAAUCACAAAUUUUCCGAAACCGAGUGGCCUUUGCUGGUAAGGCGUAUCUAUAAAGCCACAGUACAAUGUUUCGGUGGAGAUGUCGCACAAAUACGUGAAAUGCAAUUAUGUUACAUUGGCUCUCUGCUGCAUUUAAAUUCGGAAAUAGAUUUCACCCAAAUACGUGGACAAAUCAGUAUGUACUAUAGUGAUGCGUUCAAAGAGGAACAACAGCAGGCCCAAAAACAACAACGUCAAACCAAAGAAACCACGGGCACCCCCGUCGUCAUACCACCACAUGAAAAUUGUAUAUUGCAUUCGUUAAUGCGUAGCACAAAUCCAUUGCGGCCACACUUGAAACCAUGCCGCAAAAAACUUCUACACUGGUUGGAGGUCCAACACACUGUCAAAUAUUACAGGUCGAAUCUAAAUUUAAUGCAAUCAUUAAUAGCAUCUAGCCAAUCGUAUUAUGACUUUGUGAUAACGGCACGAGCCACAAAACUCACCACCGCUCAGGUACCAAAAUUCCAUUCCAUACAUAAGUAUUUACGUACCAAAACUGGACUGAGUCGUUUGGAUCACUUAACAUAUGGUCAUACGUGUACGAAAUUGUUGCAAGAAUAUCACAAUCAACGAUCACAAACGACCCCGUUGGAGACAAAAGAUUUCGGCGAAAAUCAAUUGGAACAAUUGUUGCUGAAUAAAGAAAUGGAAAAGAUGACCAUUUGUAAUGAAUUGCAAUAUGUUAAGCUGGCCUAUGAUGGGUUUGUUGCUUUUCAAGAAUUCUACGAUAGGUUCGAUAUUGAACAAAUAUCCAGUGAAGAUGCCAUUCUCGACUGGGAAGCCAUUAUCGAUGAUCUUACAACAUUGGCUCAGUAUUUACAAUUUGGCAAUUAUCUGGAAUAUGCCUCAAAUGUUUGGCUGUUACACUAUAAAAUCUCACAACUGGUGUUGAAUAGUUGUUCGGCCCUAACAAGUCUUACAUUCUUUUGUGAGCUAUCGAUGUUAUAUGAAAAAGGCGAUGCCACCUCUUGCCUUGACUUGGAAAAAGAAAUUCAAUUACAUUUACCGCAUAUAACCCAGGGCUUGGAACAACUAGCAAGCCUGACAAGACGUAGGCAAAAUGCUAUAUUUCUGGCCACCUUGCAGAUUGCUUACUACUAUGCCAACAGCGGGAGAUAUAAUUAUGCCCAAAUAUUGUUGCAGUUUGUCGAAGAGAAACAUGAGGAAAUUAGCGAACGUCAAGGAUGUUACGAUAUUGUUAUGUUUACACUAGAUAUAAUACGAUAUCGUCUAUUGUGGAAGCAUUAUCGCCAAUUGACGGCUGGUGAUGCUACUCCUGCUGUGCCAAAGAAGGCUGAGAAUUUGUUAUUGAAUCAAUGCUUAAUGGAUGAAAUGGAAAGGACAUUGGAUCGUUUGCGGGAUUUUUCUUUUGGUUCUGGCGAUGCUUUGUCCUAUAAUAUGUUAAUUUCAAAUAUGACCCAGGACAUGGCCGAAUGCUCAGCUAAUCGUUUGUAUGAUAAUUUCCUUAAUUCAAUUUUCAUUGCGGCCUGUCGAUGUGCCGUGCAGUAUGGUUUUGCUUUGCGUUUGGCACAGAUUAUGUGUUCAUGGAUGUGGAUUAAUUUACAAAUGGAAUAUGUUGAUCAGGCUCAGACUAAAAUGAAAAUAAUUGAAUAUGUCAUGGGUAUUAGAGGUUUAAAAGAAUUGGUGGGGAAUUCUGUUAAAACCGCCACGGAUGAGGUGAAAUGUAAUAACCCCGUGUUAUCGGAGAUUCACAAUGACAUACUGUCGUCACUAAAUCAUCAUAAUGACAUAGAGGCUGCACGACGCCUGGCCCAGGUGCAAUUAUCGCCCAUUAAAACGGGAAAAUUACAUUUACGUCCUGAGGCUCAAAUAACAAAUUUAAAAAAUUAUUUUAAAUUUAAAAUCGAUAGCAAAACACUGCCACAAAAUGAACUUAUGGAUUGGACUUAUUUUCUAAUCGGCUGUUUGAAUGCUCGUCUUUAUUUUCUCGUUGAGGAUUACGUGCAACUGCAGCCAUUCUAUGAAAAAGGUAGAGAGUGGUUGGAAAUGCGUCAAAAUGCCUUUAAUCGAAACUUUUUUAAAAGUAUACAACUUAUGGCCAUGCAACAUUAUGUUAACUAUCUACGGGCCAAUGAUCAACAUGACAAGGCAUUGCAAUGCCUUAACUAUGGCCUGGAAAUUUGUGAUGCAAUGAAAUGGAAAGUUGAUGUUGUCUAUAGGGUGAAUUUUAAAUUACAAUUAUCGGCUGUACAGCAGGCAUUAAAUAUCAAACAACCACUACCACACACAGAGAGCAGAAUAAUCUUAGGUAAUGAAAAGGUCAAAAUGAUCAAAAAAUUCAAUAUCUCACCCGAAGAAGUAACAAGAAGCAAGAAGAAAAAUGUCUUAGAAAACGCAAAUAAAAAACAACCUACCGCUAGCAGUGUGGCAUCAAUUUGUAAACGCAAACAUCUUCCAACAAAUAGUAGCAGCAAUUCCAGUCCAGAAACAAAAACGAAGCCAAAACCGAAAUUUAAUAUUUGUGAAGAUGACAUUGAAAUAAUAGUAGAUUCGGAUGAUGAUGACAUGGUGGUGGUAAACAAAAAAUUAGAGACAAAUCCUUCCAAAGAAUCGUCGUCAUCAUAUACAACCCCGAAAGUUACCAAAACAUAUUCAAGGAAAACACCUUUAGUCAAAUCCUCAAAACCGAAAAUAGCCAAAAAAGAUCCCACACCAUCCUUAGCCACCACUAAACAUGCCCCAUCGUCCUCCAUCUUAGCCUCAUCCUCGUCAUCUUCACUAUCCUCAACAUCAUCAUCAAUGGAAAAUUUACCAACCAAAGAGAAUCAACCACAAAAUACUUCAGAUUUAAUAACAAAAUUAGAAAAUCUAGAUUUAGGCGAUAAAUCGAAAAGGGGUCGUACCCGCUUACGCAAAUCACCCAAGAAACCCACCCCCAUCAUUAUCUUAGAAGAUUCGCCCAGUCUAAAGACGGUAGAAGUUACAAAACCGAUUGUAACAAAAUCGCGUAGUCGUACACGCAACAAAAACAUAUUGGAUUCGGCAAUCAAGUCAACAACAACAACAAGCGAAAUAAAUUUAAGAAGUACUCGAAGGCGACGUGGUGAUGUAAUCUAA